AUGAUGACAGCAAAGGCUGAAGAGAAAGGAAGUGCUGAUAAAGAUGAUUACACACAAGAUGGCACUGUAGACCUCAAAGGAAGACCCAUCCUGAGAUCCAAGACCGGUCGAUGGAACGCUUGUUCCUUCAUCGUAGGAUACGAGGCAUUUGAGAGAAUGGCGUUCUAUGGGAUUGCGUCAAACCUAGUGGUGUACUUGACGAAGAAGCUCCACGAAGGCACCGUGACAUCCUCGAACAAUGUCACGAACUGGGUCGGGACAACCUGGAUGACGCCCAUCCUCGGCGCUUACAUAGCUGAUGCAUAUCUCGGAUGUUUCUGGACUUUCAUUUACGCAUCCGUCCUUUAUCUCAUGGGCAUGUUGCUCCUAACACUGGCAGUGUCGGUGCCAUCGCUGAGGCCUCCGUCAUGGCCCGGGAUCAGAGAAGAGGAAUGCAACAAGGAUGCCUCGGCCCUCCAGAUAGGCAUCUUCUACUUGGCCCUCUACAUAAUUGCGGCUGGGACGGGCGGGACCAAACCCAACAUCUCGACCUUGGGCGCAGACCAGUUUGACGACUUCGAACCCAAGGAAAGGGCCCAGAAGCUCUCGUUCUUCAACUGGUGGAUGUUCAGCAUCUUCUUCGGGACACUAUUGGCAACCACAGUCUUGAUCUAUAUACAAGAUAACGUGGGUUGGGCAUUAGGCUAUGGCCUUCCCACGCUGGGGCUUGCAUUAUCAGUCCUAGUGUUCUUGGUGGGCACCCCAUUUUAUAGGCACAAGGUGCCCUCAGGAAGCCCGUUCACAAGGAUUGCUCAAGUGCUGGUGGCGUCGAUCAGGAAGAGGAAGUUGCCUGUUCCGAGAGAUCCAAAGGAGCUCUAUGAAUUGAGCCUCGAACAGUACGCGGAAUACAGGAAAUUCCAGAUUGAUCACUCUACUUCUUUGAGAUUUCUUGACAAAGCUGCGGUGAAGAUUGAUUCAAGCUCGCCGUGGAUGCUAUGUCCGGUGACCCAAGUAGAGGAAACCAAGCAGAUGGUCAAAAUGCUCCCGAUCCUAGCGGUGACAUUCAUCCCGAGCACCAUGUAUUCGCAGGUGCUAACGCUCUUCAUCAAGCAGGGCGCAACCCUGAACCGACACAUGGGCCCGCACUUCGAGAUCCCUCCUGCGUGCCUCACCGCAUUCGUCACGAUCUUCAUGCUCACAAGCCUCACCAUCUAUGACCGGUCCUUCGUCCCUGCCAUCAGGCGAUAUACCAAGAACCCUAGAGGCAUCACAUUGCUGCAGAGAAUGGGGGUAGGCAUCGUCCUCCACAUAAUCAUAAUGAUCACCGCUUGUCUCGCUGAGAGGCGGAGGCUGAGCGUCGCCAGAGAGAACGGUAUUGACGGUAAGCUCCAAAUAGUCCCUCUCACCAUUUUCAUCCUACUGCCACAAUCCGCCCUCAUGGGAGUCGCCGACACCUUCGUUGAAGUGGCAAAGAUCGAGUUCUUCUACGACCAAGCACCACAAGGCAUGAAAAGUCUAGGAACAUCUUACUACACUAGUAGUUUUGGGAUCGGGAACUUCCUAAGUAGUCUUAUUCUCAAGACGGUCUCGCAAGUCACCAUGGAACACAGCCACAAGGGUUGGAUCUUGGACAACCUUAAUAUCUCCCACCUUGACUACUACUACGCAUUCUUGGCGGUCCUCACGUUUCUCAAUUUUCUCGUGUUCCUUGUCGUGGCCAAGAUUUAUGUCUACAACGAGGAAGUAACCAUUGAUAAAGAGAAGGAAGCUUUGCCUGCGAAUCAAGCUAAUCAUGAGGCUGUGACUGUCGGAUGA